UGAAACGCAGCGCGUCCGCCGCGGCCGGUCCCGCUUUUGGAUCCCGUGCAGGAGGGUUGCGGGGCUCGGAUGGAAGGAGGAUUCCUGCGGGGCGGGAUGGCCGGGCGGCUGGUGCUGUGCGGGGCCCUGGUGCUGUGCGGGGCCCCGCUGGCCCCGGCGGCGGGGCCGGCGGAAAGUCCCACAGCAGCGCCUCCGCUCCGCAGGGUGGACGUGGCCCUGGGCUGCUCCUACGUGGGGGCAGAUGCAAGAGGCUUGCUGCGCGCCCCGGGUGGCUCGUCCUCCCAGCAUCCGGCUACCCUCCUGCUGAGGGGGAUCAGCGUCAGAGACGAGGGGAACUUGGAUGAUGUAACUGAGUACAAAGUCCCCCAGGAAAAUCCUGACUCUUCUUCUCCCAUUAUCUUUGAAGUCUCCGACGAGUUGGUACCCAUCCCACAUGCAGAGUCCCUGCUGCACGCAGACUGUGAAGGGGAGGAGGUGACCUGUGAGAUCUCCCCGUACAGCUCCCAGUGGGCUGGCAAGGGGCCCUGCCGUACCUCCUGGUUCGUGGCCAACCUGCAGCUCUCCAGUGGGAUCAGUAUCGUCCUGGUGCUCAGAGGACCCCACUGCGGCAGCCAGGAGGAGAAGCAGGAGCACGAAGCAACACUGCACCCAAAGCUGAGGAUUCCUAUGAGCAAGGAGGGGACGCUGCUGACCACAGUUGAAUUUCAAUCCUCAUCACGCAACACUUCCCUGCGCACACAUCUUGGCAGCUCAGUCACCCUCGACUGCCAUUUUGCAUUGGCUCCCAGCUCCUCACUCUCCUCCCUGGAGUGGAAGAGGCAGUACCAAGGCAGCGGCCGCAGCCUUUUCCGGUACCAGGUGGGGAGCACAGGCCCAGAAGCGCAGCCAAAAGUCCACGUGGAUGUGGCGGAGCUGUUGGGGAGUGGAGAUGCAUCACUCAGCCUGGAAGGAGUGAGCGUGGCAGACGAAGGGACAUACAUCUGUUUGGUGUCCACCCCACUGCACCAGACUCAGCACAUCAUCCAGCUGCAUGUGGUUGCGCCUCCAAGAGUUCGUGUCGUUCCAUCAGUGGUGUCAUUCGAGAGAGGUGUGACGACUACUCUCACCUGCAGCAUUGCUGGCUAUUACCCCCUGGACGUCUCAGUGAGCUGGACACAGAAGACUCCUCAAGAUGACAUGGAAAUCCCUCUCUCAAAUGCACGUUUCUCCAGCCACCGUCAAAGCCGAGAUGGCACCUAUAGCAUCACCUCCUACCUCAGCAUCAGCUCAGCCACGGCGCGGGCACCAGCCACCUACAGCUGCCAUGUUUCACACGUAACCCUGUCAGAGCCCAUCUCUGUGAGCGCCCAUCUUAAGGCACCAGGUUCAGAGCAAACGGGAUCAGAAGGACUGGUGGGGGGUUUCAUUGCUACCGUCAUUUUCAUCGUUGUCGUCUUCAAUGUGCUCAGGAGAAGAGCAGCUAAACCAAAGUCUGAGCAACUUCUAAGGGCUUCAGAAUAGAAGGAACCCUUGUGUCACCCACCUGCACUCCUUUGCCUCCUGUCUCUUGACACAUUCUGCUCAGGAGAGCCAGCCCUGCCCAAAUGUUACCAGAGACAUCAAUCAGUAUGGGAGGGGUAGGGCUGCCCUUGGUGGAGGAGCUGAGUGACCGAUCAGAGGUGGACUCACAGAACAACAUGUCUUCAUCUUGGGAGGGCCACAUCAGUAGCCUCAGCUCUUUGCUGGGAUGCUGCAUUAGAUGCAAGAUGCGUCCGUUUUUAGAAAUGCUUCUUCUCCAGUUUCAGGGAAAAUGAGGUUGUAGACAGGUGAGUGUUUGCAUGGCUGUAUAUAUGCAUGUGUAUAUACAGAUAUAUGUAUGCAUGUGUACAUGUUGUAAAUAGGUAAACAGCAUUUACACAUGUAUGUUUCUGUAGAUGUAUAUAGGUACAUUUGGUUAAUGCCUGAGGCAGGUGUUUAAUUUAUUUAUAGAAUCACAGAAUAGUUAGAGUUGGAAGAGACCUUAAAUAUGAUCCAGUUCCAACCCCCCUGCCAUGGGCAGGGACACCUCCCACUUGACCAGGCUGCUCAAAGCCCUGUCUGACCUGGCUUUUUAUGUAUAUAUGUGUUUUAACUGUAAAGCUGGGCAAAUAUGCAGGCAAAAUUGAUACCUCAAGAUGGUAAAUCCUCAAACAGAGGAAGUCAUGGGUUAAACUGAUCACAAAUCAAGCAAUCAGAAAAAUACGACUCUCCAGGAGAAAGCUACAAUAAAAAUUUUAAUAGAAAUGUCACUGCUAGAAGUUUACAAGGUGGAGAAUAUCUGUGGUUCUAUUGCUGUGAGAAAGACAGACAUGAUUAAAUGCUUACCCUGCCUAACAGGGAAUGUGAAGGUUACACUUAGAAAUCUUGUAUAUAACCAACAGGGGAAAAAAAAGCAGAAGGAAGGUGUGGAUGGAAAGGAGGUAUAUGGCACACAAUAAAAGUGAGAAUUUAUGAAGCAUACAAGGGGAUAAGGAAUGUUCAAAAUAAUCUGGAAAAACUGGAUUUCUGCAAGUGCUAACCGCACUGGGAAGGAGUUUUUUUUCAAAAUACCUUGAAACCCAAGAAACUCUAGCAACGGCCUAGGCUCUUACUGGGUAGAUACAGGUAAAACUGUUGAUAGAGAAGAUUUCUGAUGGAGGCUUUUUGAUACAGAGAAGAUAUUUGUUUGUACACAGAAAGAAGCAGAAUUGUAUUCAUACUACAUGAGGAUGGUAAACAACUUCCUAAUCUGUUUGUGAGCUGAGGAAGGUUUUAACGGUAUCUAACAAGCUUAAGUAUUUUCAGAUCAGUAGCCAAGAAAAUUUACAUCUCAGAAUCACAAAAGGUUUGGCUGAGGAGGCACCUGGCCGAAUGGAGUUAGGUAUUAGAAAGUCCUGGCAUACUAGAGAAAUCCCAAGAUCUCGGAAUAGCGUGUUGUGCCAGUGUUCACAGAGGGAAAGUGAGACAACACCAACAACUUUUAGAUGGUUCCACAGCAAUAACUGUAGGUAAGAGACUGUGAAGUUAUUACAAGUUAGCUAAAAGAGGCUUCAACAAUGAAAAUAACAUUAAUAAUUUAGUAUGUGGUUGGUUUGUUGUUUUUUUUUAAAAGUUGUGAGAAACAAACCUGACUUCAUUCUUUGAUGAAAUAAUACAUUUGGUUGAUAAAAGUACUGGUGCAGAUUUAACAAAUCAAGAAAUUUGUAAAUUCUGAAGAAACAAUAAUAGUGUAUGUGUACAUCAUAAUUUGCAUUAUCUGGAUUAAUCACUAGCUAACAGACAAAUGAUAAAAAUUCGUUGUCCAAAAAGAAGCAGCAAUCACUGCUGAAAGUGUGCGCCUCUCUGCAAGAACCGUGCUGUUUAGUAUUUGCAUCACGAAAUACACUUGUAAAAAAUAUUGUUGAUAAAAUUUGCAAUGGCAAAGCAGCUAAAGUGGAGGGAGUCCUUCAGAUCCAUACAAGUCACCUGGGCAGCUGAACACACUCAAACAAGAUAAGAUGCUCGGUAAUGCCAGCGGAGUCUCCUCAGGUACUGGACCACCGCGCUGUCGCAGUGCCGUUGAUCCACGCAUCCCUAUCAGUUGCCUGACCUCUGGGAACACGUAAGAGCCGCCAUGGGCAGAAUGCAGCUGCUGGUGGCAGUAGUUUUUACUUGUAUCAUUUCCUCUUUGUUUUUGAUGCAUUGACAGUAAAUUAGUAUUUUCAGUUCCAACAGUUGUCUUCUCUCUGUGUGGCUCCCACAUCGCCCUGUGGAGUCUGCGUGGCUCCAUGGCGGGUGAACAGGCGUGCUGAGCCCCGCACAGCAGGGGAAACCACCUGGGAUUCGGGAAGGGGAGCUCCAAGGGACCCUUGGUGUUAAUAGCCCUUGCUCCCAGAGGCUGUCACUCUGGAGAAGGACUCGCAGAAGAUUUUUGUACAACCUGCUGUAUUCAGAGACACCCCCAGAUAAUGUGCGGGUAUGUGAGAGCUGGCUCCCGUGCAACCAGGGAGGAAGCAUGAGCUGCGGAGAGCAGGAACCUCACUGGCAACCACUGGAGAGGUCACUGUCACCUGCGACUGAUAACGCCGAGUCGGAAUCCCAGCAAAGCCUGAAGCUACAACGCCCAUCGGCAGUGCAGGCACCCACGUGGCUUUUUAAUAUCUUGAAAGCUUGGAGGAGGUCCAGAGCAAAAUGACAGGACCAAUUAGGAAGGUCAGAAAAGGUACUUUGAGGCAUUACUCUGGCCUUACUAAAACAGUGUCUCUCAAUCACACCACAGAAAAUACAGAGUACUGGUGGGACCUUAACCUGCGGAGAAAGGCACAGUGAGAAUCAACAGCUGCAAGUUAUAUUUAGGCAUGUUCAGAGUAGAAUAAGACAUCAUAUACUCAACAGUGAGGGUGACUGUCCCAGCCAUCUGUGAAUAAAAAUGGCAAACUAUCUCUCAAGGUCUUCAAAUAAAGGCCAGGUUAUUUCUUUCAAGCUGUCCUUUAAUAAUAAUUUUUUAGAAAAGUUAAUGGCAUCAGUUAAAAGAGACACCGGGUAAAAUUCCAAGGUCUGCGUUACACUUGAAGUGAGAGCUGGUGGUUUGUCUGCUUUUUUGGCCCAUGAACCGACAUAAAGGAAAGAAAAAUAAUGGAGAGGGGGCAGAAAUGCAUUAGGAGUGGCCAUAUUCCUUGUAAGGAGAAAUAUACCAUGGCACUUGAUUUUAUUUGACUACCUGCUCUCUGAUGCUCCCCUCUAGAGUUGCUAUAGGGAGUCCACAAUUGCUGCGUCCCUGAAGAUCUCAAGCUGAAUUUAAACCACAAAAACAAGUAAAGCAUAUACCCUAAAGCAGAAAAAGUAAUAUUUACCGGUAAACAAAGUGACCUUGUGUUUAAAAACAGCGUUCCUUGUAUUUUCAAUAUAAAACACAGGCUAUGACACUAAGAAA